AUGGAAGCACAACAGAGCAAGCUGGAGUUUUUCUGCAAGCUAGGCUACAGCAAGGAGCAAGUUGGCAAAGUACUGGAGAAGCUAGGCCAGGAGGCCUCUGAAAAUGAUUUACUGCAAGAGCUAAUUCAGAUGGGCAGCAGAAGGAUUCCGGAUCCCAAGAACUGGAUGCAGCAAUUUCACUCCAGGCCUGGUGCUCCAGCAUCUUGCACGCCCCUGCCUGUUUCACUACAGUCUACUGAGGAAGCCAGUCAUCCUGCCACAGACUUGAGACCCAUUGUGAUUGAUGGCAGCAACAUCGCCAUGAGCCAUGGAAAUAAGGAAGUGUUUUCAUGCAUGGGAAUUCAACUGGUGGUGGACUGGUUCAAGAACAGAGGUCACAAGUACAUCAAAGUCUUUGUCCCUUCUUGGAGAAAGGCACCAACAAGAUUUGAUAAUCCUGUUACAGAUCAGCAUAUCCUUGAGAUACUUGCAAAGCAAGCAAUUAUUGUAUUUACACCAUCCCGCAAAAUGAAAGGCAAGAGGAUGGUAUGCUAUGAUGAUCGCUACAUAGUGAAGCUGGCAUAUGAGCAAGAUGGGGUCAUUGUUUCCAAUGACAACUUUCGGGACCUGCAGAAUGAAAAUCCGGAGUGGAAAUGGUUCAUUGAGCAGCGACUGCUCAUGUAUUCCUUCGUCAAUGACACAUUUAUGCCUCCUGAUGAUCCCUUGGGCCGACACGGACCUUCUCUCGCCAGUUUUCUGAGCAAAAAGCCACUGAUCCCUGAACCAAAAUGGCAGCUCUGCCCUUACGGCAAAAAGUGUACAUAUGGCAACAAAUGUAAAUUCUACCACCCAGAAAGAGUUAAUUGUGAUCAGAUCUCGGUGGCUGAUGAACUUCGAGCAAAGACAAAAAGCAGACUAGGAAUUCGUCGACAGCCCCCAAGCAGCCAGCCUUAUGCUAGGGCUGCACAGAGAAGGAAGCAACAGAUCCACAGGUCUUCACAGGUCAUCAGCAAUUACAAGAGCAACAUACAGACCAGGAGGCAGUGA